AUGGAAUCACCUGAUAGUGAGGCUGAGGAUGGGCAUUCAAGUAUAGCCAACCUAGCGGCGAACUUCUGCAAUCAGGGCCGGUGGGAAGAGGCUGAGGAGCUCCAGGUGCAGGUGAUGGAGACAAGCAUGAUCACACUCGGCGAGGAUCAUCCGUUUACGCUAUUAAACAUCGCCAACCUGGCAUCGACGUAUACGAACCAAGGACGGUGGAAGGAGACCGAGCAACUCGAGGUCCUAGUAAUGGAGACUCGCAAGACUCAACUUGGCGUGGACCAUCCUGACACGCUCACGAGCAUGGCUAAUCUGGCGGUGACCUUCUGGAGCCAGGGCCUGUGGGCGGAAGCAGAGCAGCUUCAAGUGCAAAUGAUGGAGAAACGCAAGAUCACGCUUGGCAAAGAUCACCCAGACACGCUGACGAGCAUAGCCAAUCUAGCAGUGACCCUCUGGAACCAGGGCCGGUGGGAGGAGGCCGAGAAGAUCGAGGUGCAGGUCAUGGAGACUCGCAAGACAAAGCUUGGCGCGGACCAUCCUGACACGCUGACGAGCAUUGCCAAUCUAGCAUCGACGUAUUGGGAUCAGAGCCGAUUCGAGGAGGCCGAGCAUCUCUUUGUGCAGGUGGUAGAGACGAGCAAGACCAAACUCGGCGAGGAUCAUCCCUCUACGUUGACGAGUAUGACCAACCUCGCUUUCACCUGGAAAUCUAUCGGCCGAAAUGCCAACGCUAUCGCUUUGCUGCGUGACUGCGUAGCUAAGCAGCAACGAGUCAUAGGUCCUGAUCAUCCCGAGACUCUGGCCAAAUCUAGUGCCUUACGGGAAUGGGAAACGGCGGAACUGAAUAUUUGUGCAUAG